GCAGCCGCAGGGAGCGGGGCGUCGCCCUUCUUCCCCUCCGCAGGGAGAGCAUCGAUCUGCCCGGGCCCUCCCCUCGCGAGCGGACCGCCGCCGCGUCGGCGCCGCAUCCUCCCCUCAGGCGGCCUCGGGUGCGAGGACCAGCCCUGCAGCCAACGGCUCCCGGCGUGCACCUCGGCGAGCGCUCGGAGGGAGCAGGCGGGAUGCGCCGGCCGGGCGGCGUCUCUUGAGAGUCCGUGCCCCGCGGCAGGGCCGCUGCGCACCCGGCUCCAACCGUCCCUGCCCAUGGGCCGCGGGUCACCGCGAGGAGCAGGCCGAGCGCCGCAGCCGCCUGAAGGAGCGUGGCAGGUCACCUGGAUGUCAGCAUGGCAGCCACAAACCUUGAGAACCAGCUGCACAGUGCGCAAAAGAACCUGCUCUUCCUUCAGCGGGAGCACGCCAGCACACUGAAGGGACUACAUGCUGAGAUCCGGCGGCUGCAGCAGCACUGCACAGAUCUAACAUAUGAGCUGACACUCAAAAGUUUCGAACUGACAGGAGACGGCUCUUCCAGAACAACGGAGCUGAAGAGGCGCUGUGAAGAGCUGGAGGCCCAGCUGAAGGCCAAAGAGGAGGAAAACCGCAAGCUGUUGCAAGAGCUGGAGCAAAAGAAUGCUGCUAUUGCUGUGCUGGAGAACACAGUCCGAGAGAGAGAGAAGAAGUACCUGGAGGAGCUGAAGGUGAAGAGUCACAAGCUGAGCAUGCUGUCUGGUGAGUUGGAGCAGCGUGCCAGCACGGUGGCCUACCUCACCUCACAGCUACACGCAGCCAAGAAGAAGCUGCUGAGCUCCAGUGGCACCUCGGACGCCAGCCCAGCAGGCAGUCCUGCACUGGCCAGCUACAAGCCCACACCCCCCAAGGACAAGCUGCCUGAGACACCCCGCCGGCGCAUGAAGAAGAGCCUGUCAGCCCCGCUGCAUCCUGAGUUUGAGGAGGUCUACAGGUUUGGAGCCGAGAGCCGCAAACUCCUUCUGCGGGAGCCUGUGGAUGCGAUGCCUGAUCCCACCCCAUUCCUGCUGGCCCGGGAGUCUGCUGAGGUCCAACUCAAGGAGCGGCCUCUUGUCAUCCCUCCCAUCGCCUCAGACCGCAGCACCAGUGGGCAGCAUAGCCCAGCCCGAGACAAGCCACACAAGACCCAUGUUGGGGUGGCUCAUCGUAUCCAUCAUGCCAGUCCGUCACAGACUCAGCCUGAGGAGGAGACAAGGGCCGUGGACCAGGUGAAUGCAGGGAAGGUGGUGCGGAAGCACUCAGGGACGGACCGAACUGUGUGAAGCCUGCGGCCUACCACCGCAGCCAUCCACGCACUGUGAGCGCCACAGGGAACCUCGCCCACACCUUCCUCACCCCACCCAUGCCAAAUGUAUCCUGUCGUCGCAGCCUGGCUCCUGGCCCAUAGAGACACAACGCUAUGAUGGUGUCCCUGCUGAAGAUAUAUACUGGCACUGUGGCCAACGCCUGCAUGCCAAUAGCUUGCUUCCAGCCCCACACCAUGAGAUCUCGGCACACCCCUAGACGAGGCCCAGGCCACGGCUGUAUCACCACGCCUCACAGAAUCAGAAUUGCCUGAAGUCAAAGCAAAACAAGGACCUGCCCCUCCCCAUAUCCAGGGCAGCCUGUGAGAGCAGAGCUGCCAGCAGCUUCUGCUCCCUCCUGGAGACUACCACCUUGCACAGUCCCUUUACCGAGCAGCUGUGUCACAUGAUCUAAGCAAGAUGACCUCACCCCUGAUGUCACCCCACCCUGAAUGUGUGUUCAUGAUUUUUUUUUGUUAGUUUCCAAAUGUUCAGGAUCCAACAAAUGUUAUUUUCUAAACCCGCCCUCCUUCUCCUCUGUGUCUUUUUGAAGCACCGAGGGACUGUGGAGGAGGUGGUCAGGGAGGACUGGCAGGGCAGGUGGGAGUACUUGCUGCCCAGAGCUGUUGCUGAGAUUGUCCGGAGCUCCUGCAUUUCUGCAGAAGCUGCAUUCUGUCCUUCCCCGGCUCCGCACUGCCUCCCUGUACUGCCCAGCCUUACAGUAUAAGAGAGGCAGCCAGUGGCCAUUUGUCCCCAAGCCACACACAGGCAGGACCUGAAUGCUUGAGCCUUCUGUGCUCUCUUGCCAGAAAGGGGCAUUUGCUGGGCCAGACAGAGGUGGAACCCCCCAGCAGCUUAGCAGGAAGGAAGAGAGAACGCACUUGCCUUAAAACUUGCUCUGCUGUGUGCUCUGUCCAGAGUUCUCUAAAAGAAGCUUGAGAAGCUACGGCCGAUUACAGCACCCACACGGCAGCUCACAAUUGGCUGUAACUCCAGGGCCCACCUUACACGUGGUGCACGUAAUAUUCAGGCAGGCUCACACACAUACACAGAAAUAAAAUCUUAAAAAAUAAAAA